AUGGUAUUCGCUGAUCAUGGAGUUAUUUACGUUGACGAAUUUGACAAAAUGUCAGUCAUCAAUGGAACUGCGAUACAUGAAGUGAUGAAACAGGGUAGAGUUACAAUCGCUAAAGGCGGAGUUCACACUAGUUUGAAUGCUCAUUACUCCAUUCUUGCUGCUGCGAAUUCCGUUUAUGGACGAUACAAUCAGUAUAUACCACCAAUGGAAAAUAUCAGGCUUCAAGAUUCAUUGUUUUCUCGAUUCGAUCUUCGGUUCGUGAUGUUGGAUGUCAGAGAUUCCGAUCAAGAUCAGGUAAUCAGCAAUCAUGUUGUGAGAGUGGACAAAUAUAAAAAUGCAAUAGAACAAGAUAACGAGGUACUUGCUCUUAACAGCGACGUGGAUAUUUUGAAUACGAAAAAUCCUGAUGCUGAGAAUCCGGAAGACGUGGCUGAAUCGGAUGUUGCGAGGACACAACAGAUAACAGUACGUACUUCAAAAACCCUUAUAAGAUUGGCAAAAAAUGUGAGUGAUCUCGUUCAGUUCGCGUAUUUCAAACGCGUACUCGAGAAGGAAAAGCGACAAGGACAAAGACCUGAUAGUUAA